CGCCUCUCUGGUGCGGGCGGAUCCAGCCCCCCCGAACCCUGGGUGCGGUUCUGCUCCGGCUGCCAUAGAAAACCACGUCAGCCCGACAGCCGAUCUAGUCCUUGGCGUGGUGGCUUCAGGCCGGUUUCGCUGCAACCGUGUUUGCCGUGAACACGUGAAGCGUACUGGGGACAGGUGAUGGUUAUCAAAGGACUUUAUAGAUCUGACAUUGUCGAAGACUCAGCGAAAGACUCCGACAGUCAUUCAUAAGCAUUAUCAAAUCCACCGCAUUCGACAGUUUUACAUGAGAAAAGUUAAAUACACGCAGCAAAAUUACCAUGACAGACUCACCCAAAUCUUAACAGAUUUCCCAAAAUUAGAUGAUAUCCAUCCUUUUUAUGCAGAUUUGAUGAAUGUUCUCUAUGACAAAGAUCAUUAUAAGUUGGCCUUAGGACAGAUUAAUAUUGCCAAGAAUCUGAUUGACAAUGUUUCUAAGGAUUAUGUGCGCCUGAUGAAGUAUGGCGAUUCUCUUUAUCGAUGCAAACAGUUGAAACGGGCAGCUCUGGGACGUAUGUGUACAAUUAUCAAAAGGCAGAAGCAAAGUUUAGAAUAUUUGGAACAAGUGCGACAACAUUUGUCCCGUUUGCCAACUAUUGAUCCCAAUACACGAACUCUUCUGUUGUGUGGCUACCCAAAUGUUGGAAAAUCGAGCUUUAUAAAUAAGGUGACAAGAGCAGAUGUGGAAGUGCAGCCUUAUGCCUUUACCACAAAAUCCCUCUUUGUGGGACACAUGGAUUAUAGGUAUCUGCGUUGGCAGGUGGUAGAUACCCCUGGUAUUUUGGAUCAUCCUUUGGAAGAAAGGAAUACCAUUGAGAUGCAGGCUAUCACAGCGCUUGCACAUCUCCGUGCUGCUGUGCUUUUUGUAAUGGAUGUGUCUGAGCAGUGCGGGCAUUGUCUGGAGGAGCAACUAGAACUCUUCCAAAAUAUUAAACCACUAUUUGCAAAUAAGCCUCUUAUACUUGUAGCAAACAAGUGUGACGUGAAAAGGAUUUCUGAACUUCCUGAAGAAAAUCAGAAAAUGUUUGAAAAUUUAGAAGCGGAAGGAUUUCCGGUCAUAGAGACAAGUACUCUAACAGAAGAAGGUGUGAUUAAAGUUAAAACAGAGGCCUGUGACAGACUGUUGUCCCAUCGUGUUGAUACCAAAAUGAAAGGAAAUAAGGUGAAUGAAGUGCUGAACCGACUACAUUUAGCUGUACCAAGCAAAAGAGAUAAUAAGGAAAGGCCACCUUUCAUUCCUGAGGGAGCAGUAACACGUAAGAAACGCAUGGAAGUAGAUGCACCUAAAAAGAAGAGGGAGAGAGAUCUUGAAGUGGAAAUGGGAGAUGAUUAUAUUUUGGAUCUUCAGAAAUACUGGGAUCUAAUGAAUUCAUCUGAAAAAUAUGAUAAGAUACCUGAGAUCUGGGAAGGACAUAACAUAGCUGAUUAUAUUGAUCCAGAUAUCAUGAGGAAACUGGAAGAGUUAGAGAAAGAGGAAGAGCUGAGGCAAGCUGCUGGGGAAUAUGACAGUGAACCAGAAAGUGAAGAUGAGGAAAUGUUGGAAAUCAGAAAACUGGCACAACAGAUUCGAGAAAAAAAGAAACUAAAAAUUUUGGAAUCCAAGGAAAAAGAUACUCAGGGCCCAAAAAUGCCUAGGACAGCUAGAAGGGUCCAACGUAAGAUACUAGAGAAGGAGAUGAGCAGUCUUGGUCUUGACAUGGCUGGUAAAGAUGAAGCACAUUACGUGGUCCAAGCAAGAAGAUCCAGGAGUGUUACUAGGAAACGUAAACGUGAAGAAUCUGAACCCCCUAAGUCUGCAGCACGCAGUCGCAGUUCCUCUCGCACACCACGUGACACUUCUGGUCUGCGAGAUGCAAAGAUGGUGAAGAAGGUUAAGACUAUCAUGAAGAAUUCUCAAAAGAAAAUGAAUCGCUUGGGCAAGAAAGGAGAGGCAGAUAGGCAUGUGUUUGACCUUAAACCCAAACAUUUACUGUCUGGCAAAAGGAAAUCUGGUACAACACAGAGAAGAUAAAAACAUUUUUCUGAAUUAAAACUA